CCAAAAAUUACCCAUUUGUACUACCUGAGAGAGUCACUCGGGCAAGACAGACACGAAGGUCGGCCGAAAUCGGAGAGGAGCAGACGAGCAGUGAUGAAGGAAGACACACGGAAUCGUAAAAGGAAGAGAGGGAAGCGCCGCCAAAAACCCGCCGCCUCUCCGCCUCCUAGCGGAGAUAAUGCUUCUUUUGCUAAGCACAAAUCCGGCGAUUCAUCCUCGGUUUCCGCCUUGCAGAGCAAAACCAUCUCUAAACCCAACAAAACUUCAUCAUUUAUCGAUAAGAUGAGGGCGAGAUUGUCAGGGGGACACUUCCGUAUGAUUAAUGAGAAGCUUUACACAUGCUCUGGAGAUGAGGCACUCAACUAUUUCAAACAAGAUCCACAGUUGUUUAGUGUGUAUCAUGCAGGGUACCAAGAACAGAUGUCACAUUGGCCUGAUCAGCCAGUUAACAUAAUGAUGAAGUGGCUCAAAGAUCACGACCCUUCUUUAGUAGUGGCUGACUUUGGCUGUGGAGAUGCACGGCUCUCAAGGAGUGUGAAGAAUAAAGUUUUCUCUAUUGAUCUUGUGUCAAAUGAUCCUUCGGUUAUAGCCUGUGAUAUGUCAGAUACUCCUCUGGGUUCCUCCUCUGUGGACGUUGCUGUGUUUUGCCUUUCACUGAUGGGAAUAAACUAUUCAAGCUAUCUUCAAGAAGCUCAUCGAGUUCUUAAGCCUGGUGGGUGGCUCCUGAUAGCCGAGGUAAAGAGCAGACUUGAUCCAAAUACUGGGGGAGCAGACCCUGUGAAGUUUGUGAAAGCUGUAUGUGAACUUGGAUAUACGUCCGUACUUAAGGAUUUCUCCAAUAAGAUGUUUGUACUCCUCUACUUUAAGAAAAAGGAUAAGCAAAAGUUGCAGGGAAGGGAAAUUGAUUGGCCUGAGCUCAAGCCUUGCAUAUACAAGCGUCGCUAGGUUGUCCAAGUUUGCACUAUCAGUCAUGUAGAGUUUUCUUGGCGUUGGUACUUUUUUGAGCUUCCAUGUCUUAGGAUCUAGAUGUACAACAAAUUGACAAUAUUCUUAAGAGUCUUGAAACAUUUUACUAGUAUUUUUAUAGCAUCUAUAUUAUGUAUUUUGUUAUAUUGUUGAGAGAAAA